AUGCUGCGUCUUACCACCGCUCGCUUUUACCAAAGUGUGACUGCUCCCCUCGGAAAGGGUUGUGUUAUGCCGAUGAAGUUUAACUGCUUGAAGCCUGCGUACGUGCCCAAGUCGUUCACCACCCAGUUCUUCGUUCUGGGCACAUGGUCGAUUAGCAACAUGAUGGCCAACUUUGUGUUCGGGGCCCUCAUCAUCGCCGCCGCCAACGGUGGCCUGAGCGGUGCCUGGCCUCCGGAUCCGCAUUCUCUGCAUCCCUAA